GGGAGGAAGGGAACUUUUGAUCCUUCUCUCUCGCAGUGGGUGUUAAAGAAGCCAUUCAAGGCUGCCCUAAACUAGGUGACCCGGCCACUAAACCAUCCUCCUAGUUCUAGCUCUCGUGUUCUUUUUUAGUUUGAGACUUUGAGAUAUUUUAAUCUCACUUCUCCUCUCCUCUUCUCUUUGUUCAUCAUCUUCUUUCUCUCUUCCUUUGAAUAUUGUGAUGGGGGUGGGUGUUGAUGAUGGGUUUUCCCUGACAACGCCGCUCAUGCUUGAUGAGGAGCAACACCGGCCAUUUGUGGUUAAGGAUGUGAGAGUUGAGGAUGUAGAAGCCAACCCUUACCUUCGUAGUACAGGCACCGCUACCUUCUUCAAGACUUGCUUCAAUGGGCUCAACGCUUUGUCAGGGGUCGGGAUACUAUCAGUUCCAUAUGCACUAUCAGAAGGAGGGUGGUUGAGUUUGAUACUUCUUUUUUUAAUUGCCGCUGCAACUUUCUACACAGCCUUGUUAAUUCGAAGGUGCAUGGAUGUCGAUAAACGCAUAACGACUUACCCAGAAGUCGGUGAACUAGCAUUUGGGUACAAAGGGAGAAUGGUGAUAUCAAUUUUCAUGUAUACAGAGCUGUAUUUAGUUGCAACUGGAUUCUUGAUAUUAGAAGGGGAUAACUUAUAUAAUCUGUUCCCCAAUAUGGUCUUGGAGGCUGCAGGAUUAAGAAUUGGAGGGAGGGAAAGUUUUAUUAUACUUGUUGCCCUCAUCAUAUUGCCUUCAGUGUUGUUGGAUAACUUGAGCAUUCUCUCUUAUGUUUCUGCCACUGGGGUGUUGGCCUCUUUUAUUAUAAUUGGCGCUGUUUUCUGGACUGGAGCAGUUGAUGAAGUUGGGUUUCAUGGAAAAGGAAGGCUUUUGAAUUUGAGUGGUAUCCCUACUGCUGUCAGUUUAUAUGCUUUCUGCUAUUGUGCUCAUCCAGUAUUCCCCACUUUAUAUACUUCUAUGAGACACCAACAUCAGUUUUCCAAGGUCUUGUUGUUUUGCUUUGUUGUGUGUACUAUGAGCUAUGCAUCAAUGGCUAUAUUGGGUUACCUUAUGUAUGGAUCAGAUAUAUCUUCUCAAGUGACACUGAACCUGCCAACUGGGAAACUUAGCUCCAAGAUAGCAAUAUACACUACUUUGGUGAAUCCAAUAACGAAGUACGCAUUGAUGAUUACUCCAAUCGUGAGUGCUAUUGAGAAUUGGCUUCCAUGUCAUUACAAAAAUAAGCUCAUAAGCCUCUUGAUUCGGAGUUUAUUAUUGAUUAGUACAGUCAUUGUGGCCUUGACUGUUCCAUUUUUUGAGUCUCUGAUGGCACUUGUAGGAGCAUUUCUAAGCGCGUCGGCUUCGAUUAUACUGCCAUGUCUGUGUUACUUGAAAAUCUCAGGAAAUUAUAGAAGAUGGGGAACUGAGCUGGUGAUUGUUGUGGGUAUCAUGUUAAUGGGAGUAUUGGUUGUAGUUGUAGGUACUUAUACAUCUUUGCUCGAAAUUGUUGGUCAUUUGUAGAAGUUGGAAUCCUCCUAGUUCAGAUUUGGUAAGUUAACUUGUUGGGCAGAUUUAGAACUAUUAAUGUCAUAAGGGAAAUUUCUUAGUAUCUCCUAGGCAAUCAUCCUCUUAAAGAAGCUAAUCAAUCUAAAGUCUCAAGCCAUCACCAUAUUCAAAGGAAGAGAAAAGAGAAAAUGAUGAACACCUCAAGUCUCAAGCCAAAAGAACACAAGAUAGAAGGAUGGCUUCAGGGGCCGCCAUCGCCCAAGUCUCCAAUUCUAUUCGAAUCGCGAGAAGGACAUGUACUUUCUCCCUCUCAGUUGUCCAAAGUUGAGGCAAAAUUGCUUCUGUAAAUCAAGCACGCCCUUCCUUCUAUUUCUUGAUACUUUUAUAACUGUUCCAUAGAGAGCAUCCUUAUUGUGUAUUCUGUAUACGUGCAGAAGCAUUGGAUGUAAGACUUGGUCAUUUUUAGCAGGAUUUGCCAUGUUUAAAACGGGUUUGUAUUGGGAUAAGUUUUUGUGAUCUUAGCGUGACACCUUUUUGUAAAGCACGUAGGAUCCACUUGAAUUUAUUAUUGAAAAUGAUGUUUGAGUGGUA